AUAAACUUUGUUUACGAAGUUUAAUGAAUCCUCAUUAUUAAAUUAAAAUCGUUUUCUUAUUUUCCUAGGAUUCUGACACUUCAUGAUGUCAUUAUCUAGAGCAAUAAUGAAUAUUGGCCUGUUUUGGAUUGGUUGAUGACCUUUGGAAAUGAUCCAAUAACAUCCACUACAGAGAAGCUAAAUAUACUCCAUUUGGAGUGAACAGCCCAGACUGUUAACAGAAUUUUCAAGAUGACAGAUCCAAUGAUGGACUUUUUUGAUGAUGCCAAUCUUUUUGGUGAGACCUUAGAAGGUUUGUCAGAUGAUGCAUUUGUACAACCAGGACCUGUUUCACUAGUCGAUGAAUUGAACUUGGGUGCAGAAUUUGAACCUUUGCACAUAGAUUCACUGAACCAUGUUCAGGGUACUCCAACACAUCAGAAGAUGACUGAUUUUGAACAGUUAAAUCAAUUCGAUUCAAUGAAAUUUCACCAGGUUAAUCAGUCCUUUGGUAGCCCACCUGAACAUGUCUUAUCUCCACACUCUCAAUUUAAUUGUUCUCCGAUCCACCCCCAAAACCAACCAAAUGGUUUGUUUCCAGAUGUAGCAGAUGGCAGUCCAAUGUGGGGCCAUCAGACAGCUACUAGCAUUUCAAAUCAAAAUGGAUCUCCUUUUCAUCAGCAAGGACAUUCACAUUCUAUUCAUCAAAAUAAAAGCUUUGUGGCACACCAUGACUUUGCCUUAUUUCAGGCCAAUGAACAGCAAACACAGUGCUCUUCACUACGCUCACAACAGAACAGAAAUAAUCUCAACCCAGGGCAAAAUUCUCUUAGCCAGUCUAAAAAUUUUAUGGAUAUUAAUGUUUCUGGUCCACACAGAGUCAGUGUUAACCAACCACCACAAAUUACUAACGCAUCUACUUCACAACAGUCUCUUUCGAUGCAGCAGUUUUCUCAGACGUCAAAUCCUUCAGCACAUUUCCUUAAGUGUAGCAGUCAUCAAGAAGGAAAUUUUAAUGGACCUUCUCCAAAUAUGACUUCUUGUUCUGUCAGUAUUUCACAGCAGUUUUCUUCACAUUAUUCCUUUUCCAGUAAUCAUAUAUCACCAAACAGUCUCCUUCAGUCUUCUGCAGUUCUUGCACCUAAUCAUACAAAUCAGACUUUAUCUGAUUUUACUGGAAGUAAUUCCUUUUCACCUCAUAGAGGAAUCAAGCAAGAACACACCAGGUUAACAGCCUUAUUAUAUCUGAUAGUUGCUUUGUAUAGCCCCUAG